AUCAUCGGUCGUGUAACGCGCGUCGUACCGCAAUUGUACGUACGUACGCGACGAUACGAGACACAACCGAUUGUCGUAUUCGUCGGAUGUUCCCGGUCGGAGACCUACGGCGGACGCCUUUGUCCCGUCGAUCUUUGGAAUUUGAUCUCACCGGCACCGCCGCUCCCACCCCGCAAUUCCUAUCCGCCCGAGAUAUUCAUUCCGUCUUCCGCAACGCUCGGUAAUCGUAAUUGGCGCCGUGUUGCAGCCUCUCGGGUCGCGACUGCGCACCGCCGCAGAUGCGCGAGUCGACGCGCCCGCAGAGGCGGUCGCUACGAGUCUCCUCUGCGAGUCCGGAGCGCCCUCCGCGGCAGCUCGACGCACUCGCCCCCGCGACAACGUUCGACGGUAACGACGCUCUCCUCGUUGUUACCGACGGUCGAGCCACGCGAGCAUUGAAAAUGGAGGAACGACGCGGAUGCGGACCGGAGGAGCGCGGAACGCGUGGAACGGCUGACGCCUCGUCGUCCGUCAGUCGAUCCUCUCCCGUUUUCGGAGUGGUGGUGGCUCUUUCGCGGCUCGGUAUUUCAUUUUCUCUACCAUUUCGGACUCCCUGUUCUCCUCCGGUUGUUUCGGCCACGGUGUAACGGAGGUCGGAGGCGUGAUGUGAAUUUACGGUGCUGUCGCGAACUGGGAUUGGCGGUGGUGCGCGGCACGCUCGCCGUGGCGCGGUCACGGGGUGUCGUAGCUACCUACCGUACCUCACGGGCCGCGUCCGUGUCGCGCGUAACGCAUGAGCAAAGUGCCAACUGCGAACGGGAACGACAGUUGGAUCGCGGUAGGCGCGUCGGACGUACGCGGUGCGGGGCGUGGGUUCGGAAUCGGUAUCUGGGGGGGGCAGGAGGUGUCAAGAGAAACAUGUAGGGUAGGGAAGUCGGAUAACGCGUAGGUUCGCUGGCGAAUUUCGAUCGAACGCGGAGGUGAUCUGUGGCGUGCGCGGCGGUGGAUUACGAGUAACUCGUCGGCGGAAUAAGGAUCGCCGCGACGCUGCCGGGGGCGGGACUCUUUGUCGGACUGUCGCGAUUCGCAACGUUUUCCGUUACCGACAACCUUGCGGACGCUUGCAGCGAUCCGCGCUCCCUUACUUCGCCAAAAAUACAUCCGAUUAGCGAAUAAACGCAAAUUCGAAUACACGAGUACACGUAUCCAUGCUUAUCGAGUAAUCGCCGUGUUAUUUUCAAUAGGUCGCACCGAUCGGGGUGGAUAGAUGCGUAAUCGAUACGCGGGAGCAGCUGAUACGCAACCUGCUACGAUGUGCGACAGGCGUUAGAGGAUCGACCCGACGUAACCUCGGAUAAUAAACCGUCGACUACUGUAACAUGAUCCGUAAAAUGAAACGGAGGCCAAUGAGGCGUACGCGGCACCGCUGAGACACACGCGUCGCCACCGCUAAUUCUUUCGUUCUAAUUUUAACGAACCGCUCAACCGUAGCUGCCAAAAUAUUUUUAAACUCAUCCGUGAUACGUUGUACAUACAUACGCGCGAGUUUGAGCUUCGCGAAAUAUACGUGUGCGCACAACGAGAAUAAAAGGGACUCGCUGCGGCCGUUCUAUAACUUUUCCACGGUUUUUUUCACAUCCUCGUUAUCGAUACCGUCCGACACUAAACCGUGCCGGUGCCAUCUCUGAAUUCCAAACGACGUCGAAUCGUUCCGAUGCAAACCUUUGCAAAUAUCUGCCGUCAAAAACAAACUCACCCGCCUUCGUAAUAUCGGGCAAUUUGGCUGCGUGCGUACGUACGUUACGUCGUAGCGCGCGUAUGUAUUAUAGUCGCGUAAAACUUUCGAGACCUUGGUGUCGUCUGCUUUCGACGAUCGAACAAACCCGUGUUUGAAUUCCGAGAUGUUGAGCGUGCCGCGCGAUUGUUGCGGUCGUCGAAGUUGUUGCUGUAAUAAUAAGAGCGAUAACAACAACAACAACAACAACAACGCCAAAAAUAACAACAACAACAACAACAAUAAUAAUCAUAUCCGAAACCUCGCUUAAAAUUAGCUUUCGAUUUUUCGUGACGACAACCUCGACCGUAACAAGGUAAAGGGUGAGGAAACAACAACAUCGAGCGAGAGUGUGUAAAACAUUUGUGUCGAUAAAAUUGUCAAGUUCGAGAAAAAGAUAAUGAAUGAAUAAAACCAGCCACGAACAAAAUAGACCGUAUGAUAUUACGAUUUGAAACAUCGGCCAAGUGUGGUGAAUUAUUCGAAAAUGUCGCGAGUUUCCUUGAAUAAAUCUCAGUUUGGUCAAUAUGGUUCGCGACGCGUGCGAAAGAUAAGCACGACGGAAAGUGAAUACUCGGUCGAGGAACAGUCUCGAUUGACCGGAGCUGACGGAGGUGUAGAAGAAGUUUCCCCCGAAGAUGAAGGUUCGCUAUGCGAAUAUCACGAUAUCCCACCACCGCCGGACGGUGGCUACGGGUGGGUCGUCGUGUUUGCUUCUUUCAUGUGCAACAUGAUAGUAGAUGGCAUAGCCUAUACCUUCGGAGUGUUUCUCGGUGAAUUUGUAACCUACUUUGGAGAGGGUAAAGGCAAGACGGCCUGGGUUGGAUCUCUACUAUCCGGCAUGUAUCUAAGCGCAGGUCCUGUUGUCAGUGCCUUAACGAAUAAGUAUGGCUGCAGAGCCGUUUGUAUAGCUGGAAGUUUUAUUGGUGCGGCAGCAUUUGUUCUGUCAACAUUUUCAUCCUCCGUUAAUAUGCUCAUGCUCACCUAUGGAGUAAUGGGAGGUAUUGGUUUUGGUCUCAUUUAUCUACCCGCAGUCGUCUGUGUGGGAUAUUACUUUGAGACUAAAAGAUCGUUGGCAACAGGAAUUGCCGUUUGUGGUUCAGGUUUUGGUACGUUUGCUUUUGCCCCACUGGCCACGAUGCUCCUCGAAGAAUACAGUUGGCAAGGAGCAAAUCUGAUCCUUGCCGGUCUCAUUCUCAAUUGUGCCGUAUUCGGUGCAAUGAUGAGACCGUUGGAGUAUCCAAAAGCAUCGUCGGUCAAACCGUUGCUACAACGGAUGGCGGAGGAAAAAAGGUUUCAAAUGGAAAGGGGCAGUAUCGGGGGUUCCUAUUUCAUGGUACAGUUGCCGGAUGGCUCGAUGGAAAAGCGGAUGAAGAUGCCCAUCAACAUAGAUCCUGGAGUACAUUCCAGCUUCAACCUCGAUCAACUCGUACCGGGAACUCCGUUGACACCGGUGCCAACCGUACCGACUUUGCCAACCAUUUCUGAGGUCAAAGUUCAGGAGCAAUCUUCUUCAGGUGGCACCUCUGCGAGCGGUAGUGUGGAUUUGAAGAAUGCAAUCAACAAGAGCAAAAACCGCAGGACGUUGGAAGAAGGGAGGGAAACUCGCGAAGUUCAUAAUUCCGAUAAAACUGAGAACAUGGAAUUCAACAAGGCCAACAUACCGCGCAACGCAUCCCAGCCCGCGUUCACGACUCACGUUCAAGGUCUCCCAAAAAAUGGAUCCGUGCCAUUCUUCGACAGAAUACGGAAGACGAGCACCGGAGAGAGGUACAAACCUAGUCUCAGCGCUAUCAAGAAUUCGAGGACCACCCUGAACUCCAACGGUGACAUACGAAGAAGUCUGCAUCUCAGGUUGUCUGCGAGUAGUAUGCUGGGAUCGCGCAAUAACAACGCCGAAUGCGACGACGGUGAGAGCAUUACGUUUACGACAAGCAAGUCUAGCAUGCCCAAGGAGAAGCCGAUGAUGAUUCGACCACUUUCGCGGAAGGAUAUAUUCUACAGCGGUAGCGUACUCAAUCUAGCCGAAUGCCAGAGUCAAAAAUCUCUCGCCAAUUAUCGGCAGAGCGUGAUAUCGUUACAAAAAUCUGUACGCGGCGACGCCCGAGACGCCGAUCCUGAAAAGCCUCCGCUACAGCCACUCUGCCCGUGCCUCGUCCUUCCGGAAUCCUUCACCGAGGCUCUCGCCGCUAUGAUGGACAUGUCGUUGCUCAAGGACCCCGUAUUCCUCCUGAUCGGUAUCAGCAACGUUUUUGGUAUGGCGGGUCUCUACGUACCCUUCGUAUAUCUCGUCGACGCUGCUACGUUGGACGGAAUCGAGCCGAAUUCAGCGUCGUUUUUGCUGUCAAUUAUCGGAAUCACGAACACGGUGGGUCGUGUGGCUUGUGGCUACAUAGCCGACUUCCCCCAGGUCGACUCUCUAUUGCUCAACAACAUCUGCCUCAUCAUCUCAACCCUCGCCGUAGCUGCUACCCCAUUCUGCCAUACAUACGCCGCUUACAUCGCGAUGAGCAUAUUCUUCGGGAUCGCUAUAUCUGGAUACAUUUCGCUGACGUCGAUUAUCCUGGUGGAUCUUCUCGGUUUGGACAAACUGACGAACGCGUUCGGGCUCUUGAUAUUGUUCAGAGGUGCCGCUGCUAUCAUCGGAUCACCGUUGGCUGGCGCCGUCUACGACGCUACCGAAAGCUACGAUAUCCCCUUCUUCAUGGCGGGAUUCUUUUUCUUCGUUAGCACGGUGACGAGCUUCAUGGCACCGGCCCUCAAAAGAUGUACCACUCCUCAAGCACAGCCGGUUGUCAUGGAUACUCUAACACCGAUCGACGAGGACAUCGAAGAGGAGAACGAGGACGACAUACCGGAGAUAGUCGAGACGGCCGCUUCCCCGCAAGAACCUCCAGAAAAAGAGAUUAAACAGAUAGAAUCUGUUUUAUAAUAAUUCUAGAACAGAAAGCUUUCAAGUGCUUUAUUACUUUUAAGUUGGAUUCGAGAAGUGUCUCCACCUCGGUCGUAAGGUGCACGCUGAACUAUCGGAAGACACGAUGGAAGCACGUUGCGAAUUCUCUUCGAUAACGGUCAUUUUAUGAUUCGAAGUUAUACGUGCUAAACAAAAAACUAUUCCACACGCGUGGACGCGAACGAAUGCACAGGGGACAUACAUGGACGAAGACAAAAACGACGACGACGACGACGACGACGACGACAAGGCGAAAAAUGUCGCUACUGCCGACGUUACCGCGUUUUUUCCAUUCUAUCGGGAAAACUAAUCUGUGGACGGAUCUACGGACGUGUACUCGAACAAACAAGGUAUGUGUUCGGCGGUCUUUGCGACAAUUAUUAUUUAUCGGAUAGACACUGUGAUCGAAACGAGCAACUGGGGUAAAAGGGUCAAAAAAUGAUAUUCAAAGAUAGAAAUUUCCUCGAUGAGAAAUAGUUAAAUUUUAGCAUAAUAGAAAUAUGCCAACGUAGGAUUCGACCGUCGGAACUGGAGUAAGAAGUGAAGAUUUACUUGUUACUCCCUGGUAGCGGAGUGAAUUAUUAUCGCGUUUGAAAUUCGAUGCUCUUUUUCUACUCCCCAUCGAACGCGGUUAAAGUUCUCUCGACGAUAUCAAUCAGACAGUAUUAAGUCGCCUGUAGUAGUGCAUCUUUGAAUCCUGUUGUUGUUAUUGUUGUUGUUGUUGUUGUUGCUAGCAAUAUUAUUGUCAUUCAGAUUGCAAUCGUCAUUAUUGCUAUUCUUUUUCUUAUUAUUCUUGUUAUUCCUAUUGUUAUUCUUAUUCUUACUCGUAUUCUUAUCUUACGCUUAAGCUUAUUCUUAUUCUCAUUGACAUAAUCGUAAAAAUUACAACGAUGAUUAGCGUCAUCGUUAUCUUCGUUUUCAUCGUCAUCGUCGUCAUCGCUAAUACUAUUUCGGCUAUUAUUAUUUACCAUGGAGUGAUCGGAAGAAAUCCGUUUUGUAUUAUAUCUGUAAAUUUUCUUAGACUCCUAUACUUUUUAUAGAUUUAUAGGUAGGUAGGAGGGUGGGUAGGUAGGUAGGUAGGUAGGUAGGUAGGUAGGUAGGUAGGUAGGUAGGUAGGUAGGUAUAGGUAUAGGUAUAGGUAUAGGCAUAGGUGUAGGUACAGAGGUACGUAAUAAUUGGAUACGCACCGAGUUGUGGGUUAUCUCUUUUUUUUUUUUUUUUUUUUCACUUGGGAUUGAAAGUUUCACUUACUAUUGAU